AUGGCGGAAAUAGACACCGCUGUCAGCACAGGAACCAAGCUUGAUUCCGACCUGCGGCGCAGAAAUGUCCCAGAUGCUGGUAGAAACCAACCGGCGUCGACACCGUAUAUCGACGAUGACAACUCGAAGAAGACCAGACCACAAUCCCCCUCAUCCCUGCAUGUGUUGGCUAGCUGGGAGCCGAUCAUUGCUCCCAUUAUCUUCACAGCCUUCGCUCUCUUCACUCGCAUGUACCGCAUUGGCCGCUCCAACAUUGUCACUUGGGAUGAAGCUCACUUCGGCAAAUUUGGCUCCCAUUAUUUGAAACGCGAGUUCUACUUCGACGUCCACCCGCCGCUGGGGAAGAUGCUGGUUGGUCUGUCUGGCUAUCUGGCUGGCUACAAUGGGUCUUUUGAAUUCAAGUCAGGUGAAAAGUACCCAGAAGAGGUCAAUUACGCCUUCAUGCGAGUCUUCAAUGCCGCCUUUGGUGUCGUAUGCGUUCCACUUGCCUACUAUACUGCCCGGGAAUUGAAUUUUCGCCGUUCCACAGUUUGGCUUGUCAGUCUGAUGGUGCUGUGUGAGAAUUCCUAUGCGACGAUCUCCCGAUUCAUUCUUCUGGAUUCCAUGCUGCUUUGUUUCACCUUUACGACGACAUUGUGCUGGGCAAGAUUCCAUCGCUUGCAGCAUGCGAGUUUCUCGGCGGAGUGGUAUGUCUGGCUUUGCCUGACCGGGUUAAGCAUUGGCUGCGUCUGCAGUGUCAAAUGGGUCGGCUGCUUCUGCACUGCAAUUGUCGGUCUCUACACGGCCGAGGAUCUAUGGAAUAAAUUUGGUGAUCUGAAGAUGCCUCAAGCGGUGCUUGCCAAACACCUGAUUACUCGCGUCGUAGGGUUGAUAGUCAUCCCGGUUUUGGUUUAUAUGUUUUCUUUCUACGUGCACUUCUUGGUUUUGGAGAACAGUGGCCCGGGUGAUGCUCAGAUGAGCUCUCUCUUCCAGGCAAACCUGCGAGGUACCCAGGUUGGCAAAGACAGUCCUCUUGAGCUCGCACUUGGAUCGCGUGUCACCAUCAAGAAUAGGGGAUAUGGAGGAGGUCUCCUGCACUCUCAUAUCCAGACAUUCCCGGAGGGAUCCGCUCAGCAACAGGUCACUUGCUACCAUCAUAAGGAUGCCAACAACGACUGGUUUAUCUAUCCCAACCGUGAUGCACCGGAGUAUGACCCUGAUGGUGAACUCCAGUUCAUCGCCGACGGAGAAGUUAUUCGUCUGAUCCACGCACAAACGGGCCGAAAUUUGCAUUCCCACGCCAUUCCGGCACCUGUGACCAAGUCCCACAACGAAGUCUCUUGCUAUGGAAACCUUACCAUUGGAGAUGACAAGGACCAUUGGAAGGUGGAGGUGGUAGAUGAUGCUGCAUCCCGAGACCGCUCCAAGAUCCGAACGCUCACCACGGCAUUUCGACUUCGCCAUCCGGUCCUGGGUUGCUAUCUACGGGCUGGGAACGUCAAUUUACCCCAGUGGGGUUUUAAGCAGAUUGAAACAACCUGCGUCAAGGAAAAUAAACCCGGCGACGUCUACACUCACUGGAACGUCGAGUCUCACACAAAUGAACGCCUGCCUCCUGGUGAUCCAGGCUCAUACAAGUCGCCUUUCCUAAAAGACUUUGUGCACCUCAACGUGGCCAUGAUGACCUCCAACAAUGCUCUGAUUCCUGAUCCAGACAAGCAAGACGAUUUGGCUUCGAAAUUUUGGCAGUGGCCGAUUUUGAACGUUGGCCUGCGGAUGUGCUCCUGGGAUGACAGUGUUGUCAAAUACUUCCUUCUGGGAAAUCCUUUUGUCUACUGGGGAAGUACGGCGAGUCUUGUUGCCUUCGGUCUUUUGUUGGUAUGGUACCUUCUGCGCUGGCAGAGAGGGUACCAGGAUCUCAGCAAAGAGGAGAUCCGUCAUAUCCAGUACUCGGGAUUGUACCCUGCGAUUGGAUGGGUCCUGCACUAUCUUCCGUUCAUCAUCAUGGCCCGAGUGACAUACGUUCACCACUACUAUCCCGCCCUCUACUAUGCUAUCCUCACAUUUGGCUUCUGUGUGGACUGGGCUUCACGAAAAAUCAGCCCGAGAGUUGCAGCGGCAGUCCAUAUCGUGCUUUAUGCAAUCGUCAUUGGGCUCUUCAUCCACUUCCGAGCCAUCGUGUUUGGUAUGGAAGGGUCGAACCAACAGUGGAGUCAUCUCAAGUGGCUGUCUAGCUGGAGGAUCUCGAAUUGA